AUAACAGAAGGUCAACUCUACGUCAACCGAUCAUCUGUAGAGAGAGUGACGCACUACAACUACCUCGGCACCAUGCAACAACCAGGAGAUUAUAGCAUGCAUCAGAAAAGCUAGAUCCACCUUCAAUCGGAUGGGGGCCUCCUUUAAGUGUCACAACCUCUCUCUUGAUACAAAUGUAAGAAUGCUGCGAUGCUACAUCUUCUCUGUCCUUUUUUAUGGUGUUGAAUCGUGGACCUUAAACGAAGAUAUGUACAGAAAACUGGAAACAUUUGAGAUGUGGCUACAUAGGAGAAUACUUAAGAUCCCGUGGACUGACCGAGUCACAAAUAAGGAGGUCCUCAGAAGACUGAAUAAGAACCGAGAGGUAUUACCAUCACAUUUCGAAAGUUAUAAGUUCGGACAUAUUAUGCGAAAUAAAUCCAGAUAUGCUCUCCUUUAA